UUCAUCAUGAGCGACCCUCAGGCCGGCGAGGCGGAGAAGAACAUCGAGAUCUGGAAGAUCAAGAAACUGAUCAAGCGCCUCGAGGCCGCCCGAGGAAAUGGAACCUCCAUGAUUUCCCUCAUCAUCCCUCCCAAGGAUCAGAUCUCCCGUGUUGCCAAGAUGUUGGCUGAAGAAUACGGUACAGCCUCCAACAUCAAGUCUCGUGUCAACCGACAGUCGGUCUUGUCCGCCAUCACAUCGACCCAGCAGCGUCUGAAGCUCUACAACAAGGUCCCCCCGAACGGCCUGGUCGUGUACUGCGGUGAAAUCUUGACGUCGGAAGGAAAAGAGCGCAAGGUCAACAUCGACUUUGAGCCCUUCAAGCCCAUCAACACCUCGCUCUACCUCUGCGACAACAAGUUCCACACCGAGGCCCUGGCUGAGCUGCUCGAGUCCGACCAGAAGUUCGGCUUCAUCAUCAUGGACGGUAACGGCGCGCUGUUCGGCACCCUCAGCGGAAACACCCGUGAAAUCGUCCACAAGUUCUCCGUCGAUCUGCCCAAGAAGCACGGACGUGGUGGUCAGUCCGCUCUGCGUUUUGCCCGUCUGCGUGAGGAAAAGCGCCACAACUACGUCCGCAAAGUCGCCGAGUUGGCUGUGCAGAACUUCAUCACCAACGACAAGGUCAACGUUGCCGGUCUCAUUCUCGCUGGUUCCGCCGAUUUCAAGAACGACCUCAACGCCUCCGACAUGUUCGACAACCGUCUGGCCGUCAAGGUCAUCAAGGUUGUUGACGUCUCCUACGGCGGCGAAAACGGAUUCAACCAGGCGAUUGAGCUGUCUUCCGAGACGCUCGGCAACGUCAAGUUCAUCCAGGAGAAGAAGCUGAUCGGCAAGUACUUUGAGGAAAUCAGCCAGGAUACUGGCAAGGUCUGCUAUGGUAUCGAGGACACUCUGAAGGCUCUGGAACUUGGUGCUGUCGAGACUCUCAUCAUCUUCGAGAACCUCGAAAUCACUCGCUGGAUCCUCAAGGACAGCGAGGGCAACGAGGUUAUCCUGCACACAACCAAGCAGCAGGAGCAGAGCAACCGAGAGAAGUUCCUGGACAAGGCUACCGGUCAAGAGAUGGAUAUUGUUUCACAGGAGUCGUUCCUUGAGUGGAUUGCUGAGCACUACAAGGACUUUGGUACCGCCCUUGAAUUCGUGUCUGACCGAUCCACCGAGGGCAACCAGUUUGUCAAGGGAUUCGGUGGUAUUGGCGGUAUUCUGCGCUACAAGGUCAACUUUGAACAGUUGGCAGAUCUCGAGGAUGACGAUGAUGACUACUACGACGGUAAGGAGACGUGA